ACGUCGCAGGUCGGCUGCGUUUCCGAUCCUAUCGUCCCUCGACGUAGAAUAUUUCAAAACAGUGAGUGAUUCUCUAUCUUCUUUGAUCUGUCGGAUGAGUUUUUUUGCUGUCGUUCUCCCGACAGAUCUUUGGACGUUCUGGGUUUGACAUCGCCGCACUUUAUAUAGUUCCCCACCAGUUUUACAAGCACCAUGCCGGGGGAGAUCCUCGACAAGCCAAACCCUCCACCGUUGCCGUCUGACAUCCCGGACCAUGUCAACGACCUAUUAGUGAGAUUGGAGAAGGCCUCGCUGGAGGGAUCUGCUGCAGAUGCGAUUCACAAAUUCAGGAGAGCAGCAUGCUACCUCGCUGCUGCGAUGAUCUUCCUGCAAGAUAAUGUAUUGCUGGAGAGAGACCUUACAUUUGAUGAUAUUAAGCCACGGCUACUUGGCCACUGGGGAACCUGCCCAGGUCUGGUCCUGGUCCAUGCGCAUCUGAAUUACUUGAUUAAGCAGCAUGAUCUUGAUAUGCUAUAUGUGGUUGGACCUGGACAUGGCGCACCCGGACUCUUGGCCUGUCUCUGGCUCGAGGGCUCACUAGAGAAAUUCUUUCCUCAGUAUUCGCGGGAUACUCGAGGCCUCAAGAACUUGGUUUCGACUUUUAGUACCACAGCUGGACUUCCAAGCCAUAUCAAUGCUGAAACGCCAGGUGCUAUCCAUGAAGGAGGCGAACUUGGUUACGCGUUGGCCGUUUCCUUCGGUGCGGUAAUGGAUAAUCCUAACCUCAUCGUCACUUGCGUAGUCGGUGACGGCGAGGCCGAAACUGGUCCGACAGCUACGAGCUGGCAUGCAUACAAGUAUAUCGACCCUGCUGAAUCGGGAGCCGUGCUCCCCAUUCUACAUCUUAAUGGAUUCAAGAUCAGCGAGCGGACUAUAUUUGGCUGCAUGGACAAUAAGGAGCUAGUCAGCUUGUUUACCGGUUAUGGAUAUCAGGUCCGUAUUGUGGAAGAUCUAGACAACAUCGACGCCGAUCUACAAUCUUCCAUGGUCUGGGCUCUCAACGAGAUCCGUAAGAUCCAGAAAGCAGCCCGAUCAGGACAGCCGAUUACGAAACCAAGAUGGCCCUUGUUGAUCCUGCGCACGCCAAAGGGAUGGUCUGGACCCAAGUCCAUACACGGAAAGAUCGUGGAGGGUUCCUUCAAUGCGCACCAGGUACCUCUGCCCAAAGCAAAGAAAGAUAAGGAAGAAUUGCAGGCCCUGCAGAGCUGGCUUUCUUCCUACGGUGCGCGGGAGCUUUUCACUGAAAAGGGAGAGCCGAUUGACGAAGUGUUGUCAAUCAUCCCGACCGACAACGAGAAAAAGCUGGGCCAGCGCAAAGAGGCCUAUAGGGACUAUAAACCAGCGGAUCUACCAGACUGGAAAGACUUUGGUGUCCAGAAAGGCAGCCAAGAGAGUUCUAUGAACGUGACCGGGAAAUUCCUCGACGAAGUCUUUAUGAGAAACCCGCAUGGUGUGAGAUUGUUCUCUCCGGACGAAUUGGAAAGCAACAAACUGGAUGCUUGCCUGAAUCGUACCUCCAGAAACAUGCAAUGGGACCAAUUCGCGCGAGCUCGAGGUGGUCGUGUGAUUGAGGUUCUUAGUGAACAUUUGUGCCAAGGUUUCCUGCAAGGGUACACUCUCACUGGGCGUGUUGGACUCUUCCCUUCGUAUGAGAGUUUUCUUGGUAUUAUUACUACGAUGAUGGUGCAAUAUAGUAAGUUUAAUAAGAUGGCGAGAGAGACAACAUGGCAUCACGACAUCGCCAGCAUCAACUAUAUCGAAACCAGCACGUGGACCCGACAGGAGCACAAUGGAUUCUCUCAUCAGAACCCGUCUUUCAUCGGCACAGUCUUGAAGCUGAAGCCUAGUGCAGCUCGAGUCUACCUGCCUCCCGAUGCCAAUACGUUCCUCUCCACCGUUCAUCACUGCCUGAAGUCCAAGAACUACAUCAACCUCAUGGUCGGAUCCAAACAACCUACGCCUGUAUUUCUAAGUCCGGACGAAGCAGACAACCAUUGCCGGGCGGGCGCCUCCGUCUGGAAAUUCUGCAGCACAGAUGAAGGCCUCAACCCGGAUGUCGUCCUCGUGGGCAUUGGCACUGAGCUUACUUUCGAAGUCAUUCAAGCCGCCGCUCUCCUGAGACGUCGUAUACCGGAACUCCGCGUGCGCGUCAUCAACGUGACGGACAUCAUGAUUCUCGAGAAUGAACGCGCUCAUCCUCACGCUCUCUCGGACAGCACGUUCGAUGCGCUUUUCACCCCAGACCUUCCCGUUCAUUUCAACUUCCACGGCUAUGCCACCGAACUGCAAGGUCUGCUAUUCGGCCGCCCACAUCUCGAGCGCGUCCAUAUCGCUGCAUACAUGGAAGAAGGGACGACCACGACGCCGUUCGAUAUGAUGCUUGUGAACGAGGUAUCGCGGUUCCAUGUUGCUAAGUUCGCAGUCACGGGAGCGUCAUUCAAGAACGAGAAGGUCAGACUGCGUCAGCAAGAAUUGCUAGCUGAAUUGGACCAUGAUAUUCGAGUGACGAAGAAAUUCAUUAUUGAGAACAGGAAGGACCCGGAUGACAUGUACAAGAUGCCCAAGUUCGACUAGAUGAACGCGACACCUUUACUCAGCUGGUCGUUUCCCACUUCAGCCCUGCUAGAUGACAUCUUGUUUCAUUUCCAUUUUAUUCUAAAAGCAGGUUAAUGAGAGACUGUAUGACGAAACACGAUGAUUUUAGGAUGACACGAGAACGCUACACAUUCAGAUAUUAAUCAAUGGACAUCCUCUUAGAUUAUCUGUUCGUUUGCUCUUAUUAAUAUGAUAAAAAAUA